GUUGCCGCGGCGCCGUCGCCGUGGUAACCGCGGGGAAGCGCUCGCGCCGUUAAAGCGCAGGGCGCAGGCGCGCGGCCGGGGCAGGCGCCGUGCGGGUCAGAUGGCGCACCACAAGGCCGCGGACUCUAAGCGGGAGCAGUUCCGCCAGUACUUGGAGAAGUCGGGAGUGCUGGACAUGCUCACUAAGGUGUUGGUAGCCUUAUAUGAAGAGCCAGAGAAACCAGAUAGUGCACUGGAUUUUCUGAAGCAUCAUCUGGGAGCUUCAGCUCCUGAGAAUCCAGAAAUAGAGGCACUUCGCUUGGAAGUGGCAGAGAUGAAAGAAAAAUAUGAAGCUGUGCUGGAAGAAAAUAAAAAACUGAAAACCAAGCUGGCUCAGUAUGAACCACCUCAAGAUGAGAAGCAUGGUGAAUAACAGUAGUUUUUUCUUUAUUGCCUUGACUUAAUAAAGGGCUUCCUGAGAAA